CCCCGCCCCAUUCAGUGCUCACGCGCUCUCCCUUCCUCUUGUGCGCGUUGCAUGCUGGGCCUCGCGAGCAGGGCUGCGGCGUGAGUGCGGCCUACUCGUGGAGCGGAGACCCCCCUCUCAGGCAAAGCUACCGAUCGAAUCCCGGAACGAAUAAGACGCGGAGCACCCCCCCCACCGGCGACCCGUGCAGCUUCAGGGCUGAGAAGAAGCGCUUAGUCCUGUUUUCAGUCAGGCGGCCCCAUCCUAGCCGGGGUAAGGUUGCUAUUGCAGUCAUGUCUUAUCCACCUCAUCUGAACCGACCCCCAAUGGGGAUUCCUACCCUUCCUCCGGGGAUACCUCCUCCACAAUUUCCAGGAUUCCCACCCCCUCCUGGGACUCCAAUGAUUCCUGUACCAAUGAGUUUAAUGGCUCCAGGACCAACUGUUUUGCUACCUACAGUAUCUAUGGUUGGAAAACACCUGGGGCCUCGGAAGGAUUUGAUGGGUCUUAAGAACAAAGAAAAUGAUGAGAACAGUGGCCCAACAACCACUGUUUUUGUUGGAAACAUUUCUGAGAAAGCUUCUGAUAUGCUUAUCAGGCAACUUUUGGCAAAAUGUGGCUUGGUUUUAAGCUGGAAGCGUGUGCAAGGAGCAUCCGGGAAGCUUCAAGCGUUUGGGUUUUGUGAGUAUAAAGAACCCGAAUCUACUCUUCGAGCUCUACGUUUGCUUCAUGACCUGCAAAUUGGGGAAAAGAAGCUUCUGGUUAAGGUUGAUGCUAAGACAAAAGCCCAACUGGAUGAAUGGAAAGCAAGCAGGCGUGCUUCCAACGGGACUGCCCGGCCUGAAUCAACAGCAGAGGAAGAGGAUGACCUUGAUGAGGAAACAAAAAGAAGGGAUGGAGUCAUUAAAGGUGCAAUAGAGCUCUUAAUAAAAGAGUAUUCCAGUGAGCUAAAUGCCCCAUCUCUGGACUCUGACUCGCAUUCCAAAAAGAAAAGAAAGGAUAAGAAAGAAGAGCUAUCCGUGGGUGGAGCCAUCUCCCUCCAGUCAAGCAUCCUGGAGGAAACCUGGAAAAGGAGUUAUCAGCAAGAAGACAUAAAUGCAAUAGAAAUGGAGGAGGAUAAGAGAGACCUGAUAUCUCGUGAGAUCAGUAAAUUCAGAGAUACACACAAGAAACUUGAGGAAGAAAAGGGCAAAAAGGAAAAGGAGAGGAUAGAAAUUGAGAAAGAGAGGCGAGAAAGAGAGCGAGAACGGGAACGAGAAAGGAGAGAGCGAGAAAGGGAGCGAGAUAAAGAGCGCGAGCGUGAGAAGGAGAAAGAAAGAGAGAGAGAACGGGAUCGUGAUAGGAAUAAAGACAGAGACCGAGAACGAGAUCGUGAUAGAGAACGAGAUCGUGAGAAGGAGAGAGAACGACCAAGGGAACACAGUAAAGAAAGGAGCCGUUCAAGGGAGAAAAGCAGAGAACGGGAAAGAGAAAGAGAACGUGAGCGGGAACGUGAAAGAGAGCGAGAACGAGAUAGAGAUAGAGAUAAAGACAAGAAGCGAGACAGAGAAGAAGAUGAGGAAGAAGCUUAUGAACGGCGAAAACUGGAAAGAAAAUUGCGAGAAAAGGAAGCUGCAUAUCAAGAGCGUCUCAAAAACUGGGAAAUCCGAGAGAGAAAAAAAGCCAGAGAUUAUGAAAAGGAAGCUGAAAGGGAGGAGGAAAGAAGCAGGGAUAUGGCCAAAGAAGCCAAAAGAUUGAAGGAAUUUUUAGAAGAUUAUGAUGAUGACAGAGAUGAUCCAAAGUAUUACAGAGGGAGUGCACUCCAGAAGCGGCUAAGGGACAGGGAAAAGGAGAUUGAAGCAGAUGAACGGGAUAGAAAACGAGAGAAAGAAGAACUUGAAGAAAUCAGGCAGCGCUUGUUGGCUGAGGGACACCCAGACCCAGAUGCUGAACUCCAGAGGAUGGAACAAGAGGCCGAGAGGCGUCGACAGCCUCCACAGAUUAAGCCUCAGCCAGAAUCUGAAGAGGAGGAGGAGGAGAAACCUGUAAGAGAAUUGAAGGUUGAAGAACAGGUGGAAGAGGAGGAGGAGCCUGAACCAAAGCCUUGCCUUAAGCCCACCAUGAGGCCUAUUAGCUCUGCUCCAUCUGUCUCAUCUGGUAGUGGACAUGCAACCCCUAAUUCUCCAGGGGAUGAGUCUCCAUGUGGAAUCAUCAUUCCACAUGAGAAUUCACCAGAGCAACAGCCACAAGAAGAGUACCGGCCAAAAAUAGGCCUGAGCCUCAAAUUAGGAGCCUCCAGCAGUCCGAGUCAGACAAAUGUUGCAAAAAGGAAGAAACUGCCAGUAGAUAGUGUAUUUAAUAAAUUUGAGGAUGAAGAUAGCGAUGAGGUGCCACGAAAGAGAAAGCUGGUUCCCCUGGAUUACGGCGAUGACGACAAAGCUUCAGCCAAAAAUAAUGUGAACACAGAAGAGAAACGCAAACAUAUCAAGAGUCUGAUUGAAAAAAUACCUACAGCUAAACCAGAGCUGUUUGCUUAUCCUUUGGACUGGUCCAUUGUAGACACUACAUUAAUGGAGCGAAGAAUUAGGCCCUGGAUCAAUAAGAAGAUCAUAGAGUACAUUGGUGAAGAAGAAGCAACUCUAGUUGAUUUUGUAUGUUCAAAGGUAAUGGCACACAGCUCUCCGCAAAGUAUAUUGGAUGAUGUUGCAAUGGUCCUUGAUGAAGAAGCUGAAGUAUUCAUAGUUAAAAUGUGGCGGUUACUAAUUUAUGAAACCGAAGCAAAGAAGAUCGGUCUUGUGAAGUAAAACGUGGCAUACUGGCUUCAUUACCCAAAUGUAUUGGGCACC